AUGAAGUUUACGCCUAUCGCUCUCCAAUAUAUCCUCGACGAUACUAUCCAUGCCUCAUCCGGAGUUUACAUCACCUCCACAUCAUCAUCCUUUUCACCAUUUAUCUUGACUGUCAAUCAUUUCCCACGAAUUGAUAAGUACUCAAUUUAUGCAAAUUAUGGAGCCAACAAGUCCUCAUCCCAAGUCAAUUGGCAUAGAGUGUCAAUUUUAGAAGAUGUUACCAUCAAUGCCUCUGAUUUUGAAUUUUUUGAUACUCAUAAUCAAUUCAACUUGUAUCCUCGAGAUCAGUUUGGGAAAACAUUAUCGAUAUUGAAACUAAGUGCACCGGGGUUCACAAUAGAGUCAACUACAUCAAAGUCAUUGGGUUUAGUGUCGAGGAAGAAACCGAGGGCUGCCAUUGGAGAUCAGGUCGCGAUAGUGUCAAGUCCAUUCAAUUUCACCAACUCAUUGAUAUUCCACCAAUUUACAACCAUAGCUAGGAUAGUGUACAAGGUACAUCAAAAUGACCAGGAUGCAGACAAUGGUGAAGGAAUUGGCGAUUACUGGUUGAGUGAUGCCGCGUACAUGGAGAAUAUGGCGGGUGGGGCUGUAAUUCAAAAGACACUAAACACUGGCAAUAGCGGCAUAUCCACCGGUGCGUCCAACAAUAUUGAUGUUCCUGGAAAUAGGCUCAUUGGAUUAGUAUUGGGCAAUUUACGCAAGACAAAUGGCGAUGGGAACCUAAUGGUAAUUAUCCCAUUGCAAAAAAUUAUCCAAUUAUCACCAACAUUAAUCCCUCCGCCAUCAUCACCAUCACAAUAUCCAAAUUCAUCCUCAUCGUUGAUAAAAUCAUCGUCUUCAAUCAUUUACAAGACACUUUCAUCAACAACAUUAUCAAAACUAUUCAACUUACCUUCAUUGUCAACAAAGCUUACCAGUAAAGCUCAAGGAGACCCCAAAUCAGUGUUGCCAUUAAUCAUCAAUGCAUCGAAUCAUCGUACUUGGGGAUCGUGUAUCUUCUACAAAGAUCAGUUACUCAUCACAAAUAGUCAUGUUGUGGCUCCCUUUUUUCCAAACCAUAAUAAAUCAUCAACACCAGCCACGGCAACAGGAAAUCCCAUUUCCAAUCGACGCAAAUUACACUUUGACCCUAGUGACGAUAGUGCAACCAUUUUGAUCACUAGCCAAGGAGAUUCAAUUCAAGUCAAUGCACCACUUGAACAGAAUAUAAUCAUUCCUCAUCCUGAUUUAGACCUUGCUUUUAUUCAGAUUGAUCAACGUGCAUCGCUGUUGUUGCUUGAGAAUGGAUUUCGUCCAAUAACACCGGUUUCAUCAAUCGAAAAAGGACCCGAUGAUGCAAUAGUUGAAGGAGAUGCAGUAUACACACAAUCUUUUGGAUUGUUUUUCGAUCCAUUGUAUUUACAACCAUUGAAAUCACAUGGUAUUAUCAAUUGUGUGUAUCGGCACGAGGUGGGAGUGGAGAACGAUUCGGCAAGUAUUGGACCUGGGUUGAUUAUUGCUUCUGCUUCUUGUUAUAAUGGAAGCUCAGGUGGUGGGUUAUUCACAGUUGCAAACGAUCACCUUGUGGGUAUGAUUUGUUCAAAUGCUAAAGUCUACAAACCAACACCCCAGGAUCAAGAUGAACAACAUAAGCAGCAGGAGCAACUGAAUACGCCUACAAGUGGUAAACACGAUACUGAGAAAUUAACCACAUUUACAUUCGUUUUACCCAUUGGUGUAAUUGACUAUUGUUAUCGACAAUUGUACCAACAGAAUAAACAGCAGGACAAAGCUGGCAAAACCACUACGCGAGAAGCCUUAGUUGAUAUUGAUUCAAAGAUUCUUGAUUUAUGGAAAUUGAAACCAUUUCACAAAGAUACUUAUCAUGAUCCAGCACCAAUGACAACGACUUUGGCACCGAAACCCAAACUAUAA